CUUGAGUUCCACUGAGAUAGGCAAGCUUUAUGUGGCAGCAUCGUGCUUCAUGAGAACAUUAGAGGAUGCUAUUAUAAGCGAAACACAGCUGUUGAUAGACAAUAUUACUAAGUUGAAUCAAUUGGUCACUUCCACCAAUGACACAGAGAUCAUUCACUUGAUUGACAAACUGCGACGUGUGGAAAAGAAGAUGUCACUUGUCUUCUUGUUUUUCAAAGCAUCCAUGUAUUCGAAUAAUAUCCGCCAACUAGAAGAAUCGUAUCCCGGAAAAGUCGACGAAACAAGUGGCACCAAUCGACCGGUGUUCCGAUAGAUUCCUUGUCGAUGCUCCAAUAAGGCAGUUCUCCGAUCUCACUAACUUGCUUACUUUGUUCGUCUAUCUAUCUAUCUAUCUUUUACUACCCUAUAUCAUUCUCCCCGCUCCCCCCUAGUCCAAUGCUAUGCCUCACUGAUUAAACACACCAUUGGUUGUUGAAGCCUUCCUAUUUUACUUUCAUGUAGUCUGUGAAAGACGUUUGCUGUGGUUGUCUAUCUAUUGGCAAGGUAGUAGUCAUCAAACAGUUCGUUGCACAAUAAAAAGAACAUGCUAGGUGCCGAAUGUAACAAAAAUGAUCAAUACCGUAACCCAGGACGACCUCUGAUGCUUAAAAUCCAAUCACCUGUAUG